AUGGCAGCCGCUAUUGAAACCCCUAUUGUCGUCAGCAGUUCAUCUCAAUUUGCGACCCGUGCAAAUAAUAAUAGCCAAGAACAAUAUCAACGAUCGUUCUUUCGAAGAGCUUGGGAUAAGUUAGAAGAUAUAUUGGUUCGAGUACAAAACAAAAACACCACAUAUCAAGAUGAUGACGAUAUCCUCGAGGAGGAAUUUCAUAACCCGUUGAACCCACAUCGACGACAAGCUCUUAAAGAAGGUUCAAUAAAAUCCAGAAUCUCCACAGAUAGUGGUAAACACUAUGACCCUUGGCAACAACGUAUCAAUGAAGAGUUGCAACAGACGCAAAUGGAACAUGUUCGCAUCAAGAAUAUGAUCUCUGGAUGGGCGAGUGAUGAAGUUGCACCUUGGUUGAUGGGAUUAUUUUCGUGA